CUCCAAUUGCCAAGUCCCCGCCACAUAGCUCAAUCGCCGACGUCCAAUAAACACUCAAUUAGUGACAAGUCCGCCAAAGGAGUGCUCCCGAACCUCACCCCCUUGAUUGAAGGAGGAGAGAAGGAAGAUGUACGAAGACUCCUGGUACAACUUUGUGCCGGAUGUUCAGAACAAAAAAGCAAGCUCCUCCCAGGUCCAAGGAACACAUCGUAGGAAAGAAUCUUUGCUGCAGCAACCAAAUGGCCCCGAUAAAACCUCAGACGUGGCCAGCCGCCUCGCCGGUGUAAAUGAGGAGAGCGAAGAUGACAGCCCGCCCGAGCCGGCGCUGAGCCGGCGCGCAAAGUCCUACUCCGACUUCUACGAUAUUGUGCGGGAGCACCUCGCCGAUAACACACCCAAGAAAAGCAAGAAGAGAAAGCAAAAGAAGCAAAGGAGCCUGGAAGGAUUGGCCGUACCAGAGUCAGCCCAAAGCCAAACGCUUGUAACAGGCGAUGGCCCAUUCGACGCCGAUGCGUGGCGGGAGUUGGAGGACGAACUACUCCAGGCGAGCCAGGGAGAGUACGCGACGUACCGCGACAAGCUGGCGCUGACGGAAAGACACCUCGAUACGCUGAUCGAGGAUACAGACGGCGCGCUCAAGAUCCUGGCCUCCCUGGCAGAGUCGUUCCGCGCCGUCGAGGAGCAGACCUCGUCCUUCAAGGCGCAGUGCGAUGACCUGCUCUCCGAGCAGCGGAGGCUGGAGAAGAUUGCCGAUGACGUGCGCUCCGACUUUUACUACUAUGCAUACCUGGAGGAGGUUACUCGGCGACUGAAUGCACCCGGUGCGAGCCGGUUGGCUGACGGCGCACCGUUUGCUGAAAUGUUGACCAACCUGGAGGCCUGCAUCGAAUUUAUGUCAUCUCAUCCCACAUACCGCGAUGCCGAAUCAUACCAGGCACGCUAUCAAGCUCUGCUCACCAAAGCCUUGCAUCUGCUCGAAGUCGGCUUCACCGCACUCCUGGAUAAGGUCUCGGGGGAGAUAUCAAAGCAGAUCGCGGCGACACAAUCUGAGUCUGCCCGUCACGCGCUUGCUUACGGUCGCUUCGAGGAGAUGAUGCUGGACUCGUACUCGCUAAUACCCAACAUUCAAAAGGUGGUGGGGGAGGCCUACGACCGCUUGGGCAACCCCAAGUCCGGUCUCUGCGCUGCCACUUACGCCAACACCGCCGACAACAUGUUCCGGUCCUACCUUUCCGCACGUGAACUGGACUUGAAGCCGCUCAGCCAAGCCGACGUCGAGACACUCAAGAAGGAGGCCGCGGAGGAGUCGGUCGAGACGGCAUCGCGCAACUACGUCAAGCAGUGCUUCGAGCGGUCGCAUAACGAGCUCCUUCUUUUUGCACGCGUCUUUGGCCUUGAGCCGCAGUACAGCACCGACCAGGCGUCGGCGUUUGCGACCAUCAAGGCCCACCGCGGAGACGCCGUCAGUGCCAUCAACGUGGCACCCAUAGCAACCAACCUGCAGGCCAUCCUGGCGCCUGUCGAGCUCCAGAUACUCUGUGAGGUCAUUGGCUGGAUGACGGACGAAUAUUUGACCAUUGAUUAUGAUGAGAUUGACGAAAGCGACAUGUCAGUCGCGCUGCACCGCCAGGAGAUGACGGCUAGGGUGCUGGGUGAGCACCUGUGGCAGUUUGCCGACGGUGUUUUCGAGGCCGAGGUGGCCAAGCUCAUCAGCAAGGCGCCCGUAGUGCCCGAAUCUUUGAAGAUCGAGCCGGUCGCAGCUGGGGGCGGCGCGUCGUCAAAUGCGUACCCCCCUGUCAAGACGGCGCUACGACUGCUCGUCUUGUUCGACCAGUGCAUGCCUAAGGAGAGAUGCCAAGGAAGCAGUCCGGUGGUAUUCAAGAUCGUAAAGGAGUCGAUAGCAGCGCUCCAUCGCGCCGAAGCACGAAUAAAAUCCAUCAAAAACGGCACAGACGCGGACCUUUUUAUGAUCAAGAACCUGCUAAUCCUCAAGAACGAGCUGAUGACUCUGGAGAUCGGCGACGUGAGGGAUGGCCAGGGGGCGGGUAUGGAGCACUUUGGACAGAUCUGGAACACGCUCUCGGCCGCGCAGGACUGGGUUGGCUACUUCAGCAGCUUCAUACCGGGCGCGUCACUGUUCUCACGUGGCUCGCCGGCACCCGGAGGCGGCGGGACCACGCCCACACUCCGUGCUUCAGGCAGCGGUGCGCAGGCCGGCGGCAAUGGAGCGCAGACUCAGGACGCCGGCGAGCAGCUGGACAAGCUGCUGCGACAGUCAAUUUACGCCUUCACCCGGCGGUGGGGAGCGCUGGUCAAUGAGGCGCAGUCGCGGAGCAAGCUGGGUGGUAAGAACAUGGCCAAGGUUGAGAGGGAGCUGGAGGAGCUCCUGCAGACGGCGUUUAGCAACCAGCCAGAGGUCAUAGCAAAGCUCAAGGAGGCCAUCCAGAUCAAUGCGCAGGCGCUGGGAGAGAAGGGGAGCAAGGUUACGCGGGUAUGAAGUUUUAAUUUAGUGGUGUGUGUAAAACUUUUAAACCUUUUCACGGUUUUAAAAUCCGAAAUAUGGCUUGCAAGGCUUGUUGUUAAUGGCAUACAGUCUGGUGCAUCAAUCGCCAGCAAAGGGGAGUUCCUGUUGCCUAUGUACCACCCGACGGUAGCUUUCGCAAGACAAGGAACGCAGAACAAAAAAAAAUAACGAUUCAAAAAAUGAAAGUCAAAAGAACAUACAACACCGAGGAUUCCCC